GACAAGAGAAUCCUAAAGUCUAAGUGUGUUUUCGAUGCCGCGGCCGGUCGGUGGAACCAGAUCCGAUGUCUCGCUCUGAUCUUUCCAGCCUGAACCUGAUCCUGAACCUGAACCUGAACCUGAACCUGAACCUGGACCCGUCCAACAUGUCUCUGGACCCCGGGGCUGGGCGGCCGGACCAGGGCCCGCUGGAGUACCGCGUGGCGGGCCUGGUGUUCCACGGCUUCGUGUUCGUGAUCGGCGUGGUGGUGAACCUGACGGCGCUGUGGGUGUUCGCUCUCACCACCAAGAAGAGGAACUCGGUGACGGUGUACAUGAUCAACGUGGCGCUGGUGGACCUGCUGUACAUCCUGCUGCUGCCGUUCCGGAUGGUUUACCUGCACCGGGACCGCUGGCCCUUCGGAGACGUGUUCUGCCGGGUCAGCGCCGCCCUCACCAUCUUCUACCCCGCCAUGGCGCUGUGGCUGUUCGCCCUGAUCAGCGCCGACCGCUACAUGGCCAUCGUGCAGCCCAAGCACGGCAAGGAGCUGCGUAACGUGCCGAAGGCGGUGCUGGGCAGCCUGGGGGUUUGGGUGAUGACGCUGGGCAGCACGGCGCCGCUGGUCGUCUCCCACGACAACCCCGAUGCCGGCGCCAACUUCACCAGCUGCAUCAAGAUGCAGGACAUCAUCUACAUGCGCCGCGACAACCCCGUCAACUUCGUGAGGCUGGUGUUCUUCUUCCUGGUGCCCGUCAGCAUCAUGGUGGUCUGCUACGUGGUGAUCGUGGACAACCUGGUGCACGGACGCACCUCCAAGCUCAAGCCCAAGGUGAAGCAGAAGUCCAUCCGCAUCAUCGUCACGCUCAUCGUGCAGGUGCUGGUUUGCUUCGUGCCGUUCCACGUCAGCCUGGUGCUGCGGCUGCUGGGCCGCGGCGCCGACACCGGCGUGGACGGCGGCUUCAGCACCGCCGCCGUCUUCACCUCCUUCCUCAUGAGCCUCAGCACCGUGCUGGACAUCAUCCUGUACUACAUCGUGUCCAAGCAGUUCCAGGACCGCGUGAUCAGCGUCAUCCUGUACCGGAACUACCUGCGCAGCGUCCGGCGGAAGAGCCGGCGGUCGCGGACCGGCAGCGUCCGCUCCAGCAACGUGACCAGCGCCAUGAUCUGAUCUGACGCUGCAGCGG